AUGGAUACUCGGGAUACUCGUAGAAAACAUCGACCGAUGGAAAUUUCGUCGAAGAAACCUGUAGGGCGCUUUCGACAAAUAAUAGAGAUUCCGUCGCAUAUAAAGAAAAGACGAGAUCCACGUUUCGACGAUCUGUCGGGAAAAUUUAAUGAAGAUUUAUUUGAAAAGUCAUAUAGUUUUUUAAAUGAAUAUAAAAGAUCCGAGAUUGAAGAAGUUAAAAAGAGUAUAAGUAAAGAAAGAGAUCCAGAGGAAAAACAAAAAUUACAACAACUUUUAAAUAAAUUGAAAUUGGAACUUGUUGACAAAUUUAAAAAAUUACAAAAAUCUGAUUCAAAAGUGCUCGAUAGAGUUAUUGAAAAGCGAAGGAAAAAGAACGCUUCAAAAGAGCACAAAUAUGUCCCGUUUAAACGACGACGCAAAGUAGAUUUGUGA